AAAAACGUGCUUUCACAGGCCACGUAUCGUUAGUUACGUUGGUUUGAAGAGUAGCCCAUACGUCGAUUGAGCUCCAGUAAUGCUGUGGGCUGCUGAAUGCUUGACUGAAUCUGUAAAGACUCGUCUGUCAUGUGGCAUCCGUGAUAAGGAGACACCAUGGUGCGUUUGACAGUAGAGCUGAUUGGUAAAUCUCACAACCACUUCAAAAAGAAAAGGGGCCUCCCCUUUCCAGAGUACCUCAAAACACUGACCCAUCUCCACUUCUCAAAUAAAAACAUUGAGGACAUAGGUGACCUCUCAGUCUGCAGGAAUCUGACUGUGCUUUACCUGUAUGAUAAUCAAAUCUCAGAAAUCUGCAACCUCAAUUUUGCUUACAACCUUACACAUCUUUAUAUGCAAAACAACAAUCUUACUAGAAUAGAUAAUGUAUCCAACCUGAAGAAACUCACUAAAUUGUAUCUUGGUGGAAACAAGAUUGCAGUAGUGGAAGGCCUGAAUGAGCUUGCUGAGCUCAAAGAACUUCAUCUGGAGAAUCAGAGGCUGGCACCUGGGGAAAAGUUGCUCUUUGACCCCAUGAUGCUCCAUGCUCUCGCAAAGUCUCUCUGUGUCUUGAAUAUUAAUAACAACAACAUUGAUGAUGUGAAAGACCUGACGGGUUUGACUGAGCUACAGCAUUUUUCUGCCUCUGAUAAUAGGCUGGACAACAUUUUGGACUUGGAGGAUGUGCUGAGCAACUGGCCUAACUUGGUUCAAAUGGAUUUAAGUGGGAAUCCUGUGUGCAGAAAACAGAAGUACAGAGACCGACUCAUAAUUGUGUGCAAAAAACUUGUGAUACUUGAUGGAAAAGAGAUAAAAGAGUUGACACGACAGUUUCUUAUAAACUGGAAGGCAUCCAGAGAGGCAAAGAAGAAUAAUAAUAAACACAUGCUGAUCCCAUACCCGAUAAAUGAUUACGGCCAUACUAACGUCCGCAACUGGAUGCCACAAGCCACCCUCAAGUCAGUAGGCGAUGGUUGGCAGACAGACCAUCCAGAUGGACAGCGGUACUUGCUCCGGGGUGGUGGUCGAUGACAGCCCAUCGUCCAGUCCGAGCUCCAGCCCCAGUCCAGACGGCCGCCGCCGCGAGUUGCAGCGGGCCAGGGCGCUCCAAACCGGGCCACUGAGUGGACGAGGGCGGCCUGCGGCG